AUGAAGCUUCCCCUUCCCGUCGCCCGCUUUUCCCCUACCCGUCGCCACGAUUUCGCCCCCCCCCGACGCCCGCCCUUCGCCCGCAUUUCCCCUUCCCUUCGCCCGCUAUUCCCCUUCUCGUCGCCCGCUCCCGUCGCCCCCUUUUCCCCUUCCCGUCGCCCGCUUUUCCCCUUCCCGUCGCCCGCUUUAGCCCUUCCCGUCUCCCGCUAUUCCCCUUCCCGUCGCCCCCUUGCCGUCGCCUGCUUUUCCCCUUCCCUUCGCCCACUUCACUCCUUCCCGUCACCUUCCUUUCCCCUUCCUGCUCUCUACCCGGCAUCUCCCCCGCUCCCCACGUCCUCUUCCCUGCCUCCCCCCAUUCCCUUCCCUGCUUCCCCCCGUCCCCUUCCCUCCUUCCCCCCAUUCCCUUCCCUGCUUGCCCCCGUCCCCUUCCCUCCUUCCCCCCGUCCCCUUCCCAUCAUCCCCCCAUCCUCUUCCCUGCUUCCCCCCGUCCCCUUCCCUGCUUCCCCCCAUCCCCUUCCCUGCUUUCCCCCAUUCCCUUCCCUCCUUCCCCCCGUACCCUUCCCUCCUUCCCCCCGUCCCCUUUCUAUCAUCCCCCCAUCCCCUUCCCUGCUUCCCCCCAUUCCCUUCCCUGCUUCCCCCCGUCCCCUUCCCUCCUUCCCCCCGUCCCCUUCCCAUCAUCCCCCCGUCCCCUUCCCUGCUUCCCCCCAUCCCCUUCCCUGCUUCCCCCCAUUCCCUUCCCUCCUUCCCCCGUACCCUUCCCUCCUUCCCCCCGUCCCCUUCCUAUCAUCCCCCCAUCCCCUUCCCUGCUUCCCCCCAUCCCCUUCCCUGCUUCCCCCCGUCCCCUUCCCUGCUUCCCCCCAUCCCCUUCUCUGCUUUCCCCCAUUCCCUUCCCUGCUUCCCCCCGCCCCCUUCCCUCCUUCCCCCCGUCCCCUUCCCAUCAUCCCCCCAUCCCCUUCCCUGCUUCCCCCCAUCCCCUUCCCUGCUUUCCCCCAUCCCCUUCCCUGCCUCCCCCCAUCCCCUUUCCUGCUUUCCCCCAUCCCCUUCCCUGCUUCCCCCCAUGCCCUUCCCUGCUUCCCCCCGUCCCCUUGCUACGCUGUUUCGCCCUUCUCGCAUUCUUCCCCCUCCUCUUUUCCCCCCUGCUCAAUCUGUCACCCGCUGCUUCUUCUCUUCCCUCCCGCACAUUCCGUUUACUGUCUUUCCCCUUCGCUCACCUUCAUAUCCCCCAAUGCAGUUACAGGAGCGCAGCACCAGGUGUUGUGA